AUGACCAGAGAUAGAAGCAAGUCGAUAGUAAAGAGAAUUGCUCUGGAUGUUCCCUCUUAUAAUGAUGAUAAAUUGAAUUUAGGGGAAACAUCUGGGAAUCAGUCUCCAGCUGGGGUGAUUAAAGCUGAUAAAAAACCUAAGAGGAACCGAUCAAAAUCCUUAAGUUUGGAUAAAGAAUAUAGAGAUAGAGAAGAAGAUACUUUUCAUCUUUUCCCUUUCAGUAAAAGAGAGCAUGAAUAUCUAUGGCUGAAAUAUAUUAACACAUAUAACUACAAUUCAAUUCUUAAUCCAGAUGAAAUUAAAAAGAUUAAUAAUAUCUCCAACGAUUUCAUUCUUAAUUUUCAAAGUAAUUGUCAAUUAAAUAUUGAAAAUAUGAAAGAUUUAAUGGAUCAAACUGAAACCAUAUUAAAGUCAUUGAAUUUAUUGGCCAGGCAAUACGAUAAAGUGUCGAGUGAAACUAGUGAAUUUGCGAAUCAUUCAACUAAGUUAUUAAAUACGCAAUUAAAGUAUGAAACAGUGUCAGGAGAGAUAAACCAAUCUUUAGAAAUAUUUGAAUCAUUGGAAAGGAUUACCAAGACUCUUACUAGUCCUGGGAACAAUUUAAUUAAAAGAAAGUCAUUUCAAGAUAUUUUGAAUAAAUUGGAUAGGUCAAUUGAAUUCAUCGAGAAGCAUCCUCAAUUCAAGGAUAUUGAACUAUACAAAGUGAGAUUUAGACAAUGUAUGACAAGGUCAUUAACUUUAAUUCGUAAUUAUUUGAUUAACGAAUUGAAGACUUUACACGAUGGCGUAUAUUCCAAAUUAAACAGAUCUAGUUCUGAAAAUAUUGCUGGUAAUGUGACUAUCGAUGUUUUUUUAUAUAAUGAAUUUGACAAUUACAUCGCCGAAUAUGAGGGUCAAUUUUACAGCUUUCCUAAUUUGGUUAGUGAAAUAACCAAGCGGAUAGAAUAUCACGAUGAAUAUAAGGGAUUAUUACAUGAUGUUUUACAACAGUACUUCAAAACAAGGUCCAAGCUACUUGAAAAGUCUAUAUGGGAUCAUUUAAAUGCCUCAGCAAAGAAUAGUGCUAAGGACUUAGUACAGUUUAGUCAGGAUAAUAUUUCGUUUUUUAAGAAAGUUAUAGACCGUGAGUUUUUAACAUUUACAAAAUAUUUCUACAGUUAUCAAUCCCUGCCUCUUCCGUCUUACAUGAAUUCUGAAUUAUACGAUUGGUUUAGAGAUAUUCUUGAUCCACUUUAUGAUACGUUAAGAAAUAAAAUUAUAAGAGAAACUAACAUAACUACUUUAUGCCAAUUAACCACCUUACUACAAAAAUAUUAUGAGUUUGAAGAUGAUGAGUCAGUAGAUAUAAUACAAGAGAAUCAGAUUAAUUAUGGUUCAUUGUUUGAAACCAUAUUACAAGAUGUACAAUCUAGAUUGAUAUUCAGGAUCCAAAUAUAUAUUGAUGACAAGCUUAUUAAAUAUAAGCCUAAACCAGAAGAUUUGAAGAUUGGAAAUAGAAAGAGGAGUUCUGCUUUAAAUAAUGAAUCUGCCGAUGAGGAAAAUUCCCUAGAUGCUGAUUAUAAAGAAAAUUUAUUUAAAGACUUAUAUUUACCUCUAGGAAAGGCAUUGACUAUAUUGUCAAAUAUCUAUGAAUUAAUUAAUUCCGUAGUGUUUGAUGAUCUAGCUCACUAUAUUGUUCACAGUUGUAUUUACAUAUUAAAAAAUGGUGCUUAUAAAAUAUCCUUGGCUCAUUUAGGAAAAUUAGACACCAAACUAUACUAUUUGAAAAAUUUAAUCAUUUUGCAAAACCAAUUAAAUAAUUUUGACAUACAAUAUGUUAGGACAGAAACUACUUUGGAUUUUACAAGUGGGAUUAAUGAAAUAUUUCAAACUUUUAGAAACGGCGAGUUCAUCUAUAAUUAUAAUCAAAAUGGCGGUUUUAUUGAAUUAGUCAAAAAAUCUGCACCUAAGGUAAUCAAUAAUAUGAUAGACGCCAAGUAUGAAAUAGAAUUGGAAUUGAACAAUGCAGUUCAUGAAUUCAUCACCGAAUGUGCAAACAUUAUUAGUGAACCAAUAUUGUCUAAGACUUCAAAGGAGGAACCUUUGCAAAAAUCCCUCUUGUUUAGAGACAACUUAAUGACAGAGCUACCAAAAUUUCACAAAGAAAUCAAAUUUUUCAUUAAUGAGGUCAACAUUAUAAAAUACUUAAUAGACAACCUAAGCAACCUAGUCAUAACAACAUAUGAAAAUUUCUAUCACUUAUUAGAACAAGAACUUCAAAAAGACGAAAAUUUAAAACACGACAUGCAAGAAAUCAUGGAAGUCGAUACAUUAAUAGGUUUCAUUACUGAUAUUGUAUCAGGAUUAUAUGAAAACGAUGAAAUUUCUCCACCACAUAUUGAAUUUAAUGAAGAUAUAUUAAACGAUACCGAAAUCGAUGUCUCUGAAUAG